CCAAAACAAAAAAAAAACAGGUUUUAGAAAAUUUAAUAAGAUGUUAAUCGCCUGGUACUAGAAAAAGAAUAUCGUCUCUCUGGACUAGUCUAAAAAAAACCCACAAAAACAAUGGCAGCUGGUCUCGAGUCGAUACAAGGUGGCAAGCCCUGGUUCCGUUGCAGUCCGCCCAUGGUGCUCGGGGAGGCUCCCAUAUACCGUGAGAGCGACUCUACCCUGCACUGGGUCGACUGCCUCGCCGAGCCUCCAAACCUACAGAUCCUCAAGGUAGACGCCGUGACGGGCGACGCCAUCCCUGACACUCACCGCAUCAUCCCGCUCCAGGACAGCGUCACCGUUCACUUCUUCCGCAAGAGCAAACCCGGCAGCUACAUAUGCGCGUACUACCAAGGCGUCGCGUUCAUGGACGAGGCCACAGGCCAGCUCCAAGUGGUCAAGGAGAUAAUACCGACCCAAGAUCGACAUAUCCGCCGCUUCAACGACGGCGGCGUCGACGCCAGGGGCAGGUUUUGGCUGGCCGAGAUCGACAUCGUGGCAAUGCAGAUGGGGCCGAACAAGGUUCCAGAGGAUUACGGCGCCCCGAUAGGGAGGCUAUGGCGUUAUGAUCCCGACGGUUCGUUGCACAAAAUGGACGAGGGGUUCGUUUGCGGCAACGGUCUAGUGUGGAGCCCGGAUAACAAAACCAUGUAUGUCAACGACUCUACCGCGAUGAUAGUGUACCGGUAUGACUUCGACGUCGAGACGGGUUCUAUCGCAAACAAACAUAUUUUUAUCGACCGAAGAGAUAGCUAUGGCGAGCCUGACGGCAUGGUAACCGACACUGAGGGAAACCUCUGGAUUGCCGUCUGGGCUUCCAGUCGAGUCAUGGUCUUCUCGCCCGAAGGAAGGCACCUGAAGGAUAUUGUCUUUUCUGCGCGAAACAUGGCUUGUACGACUUGGGGAGGCAAAGAUCUCAACAUCUUGUUCAUCGCAUCGGCAAUAGACCGUUUGAAGUUGGGGAGAAAGGACGACGAGGGAGGUCACAUGUUCAAGUACAUGGCACCGCCAGAGACAAAGGGUACGGCCAAGUAUGAGUUUCUUGGGUAGAGUUUUGCUCGUUUCUUCUUUUUUUUUUCUUUUUUAUAAAAAAAAGGAAGCUUGCGCUGUACCCUCCUAAUUACUCUGGCAUGCCGGCAACUGUUCUUUCGCGUGUAUCAUCGGAAAAGGCCGUCGACUCUCUGAUGGAUAAUAGAAGCCUGGACUGCUGGGCGAGGGAGUCAAGCGUAUCCUUUGCCUCCCGCAAAAGCUCCCACCUGCAGUUGUCAAGUGCGAUGCUAACUGAUGCAAUAAGACCCGAGGUCUGACUAGCCCCCCGGAGUUGUGAAAUAUCGCCGUUCCCCAGGAGGUGAUUGAGCAUAUGUGAAAGAUAAUCCUCAGCACUACAGACCCUUCCCGGUUGAAACCCCUCAGUAAGAACUCCAUAGGCCCAAACCACAAGAGUGCUAUGGUAUAAAACCCAGGGUCGUAAAAGGAUGUUGUCCUCACAGGCCAGAUACUGUGCGCGGGUAAACAUGGUCUCCUGGAUCAAGG